CUUGUCUUGUCCUGUCGUCCCAUCCCAGCAAAAGCAAAGCCACCGCGAGCUUAUCACUCCCUUGACGACACAGAGCACCAAGGAUCAAUUGAUCCAUCGACGACGACGACGAUGGCAAGGCCGACGCCGCCGACCGCCCGCCUCCUCGCCGCCGGCUUGCUGGCCGCCGCGGCGGUCGCGCUCGGCUGCCUCGCCGGCGGCGCCGGCGCGACGGUGGUGACGACGUGCAGGGCGGCGGCCGACAGCGACGCGCGGGUGGACUACGGCUUCUGCGUGGCGGAGCUGGGCACCCACCGCGAGAGCCCCGACGCCGACACCUGGGGCCUCGCCAAGGUGGCCGCGCUGACGGGCGUCAACAACGCCGACGACACCGUCUACGACGCCAAGGCGCUGCUCGCCAAGCCCGGCGCGGCGGGCGGGCCGACGCGCGCGGCGCUGGAGCGGUGCGCGAAGCUGUACGACUCCAUGGGGUUCGCGUUCGCGGAGGCGGAGGACGAGAUCAACAACCGCCGCUACGCCACCGGGAAGGAGAAGGCGGCGGAGGCGGCGUCCCUCGCGCACCAGUGCGACGACGCGCUCGCCAAGGCCGGCGCCGUCCCCUCGCCGCUGGCAAAGCACAGCUCUUACUCCGUGAAGAUUGCCACCAUCUGCACGGCCAUCACCAACCUCAUCAAGUGAAGGGAACAAACGCAGGUGGCUUUGCUACUUUAAUAGUGUAUAAAUUAAGAAACGUGGUCGAUCGAGUUGACAUCAGACAUCAAAAUGUUGUACGUGUUGGAAAACUUGACAAUAAAAGAAUGUGGCUUUUAUGAGUGCAAGUAACGACUGCUGAAGUUUAAGUGAA